AUGAAAGACCUAUCAAGCCCACUUCCCGGACCACCCGUCGGCAAGGACAAAGGAAAGAGGGCAAUUGUUAUGGCCAUGGUGGCGGAACAGGGAAUUGUCAAAGGGUCGGACUUCGUGUCGGUCACUGGCCAGAAACCCGAAGACGAAUUUGUGGACUACCACAAAAAUAUGAACUCUUCAGAGUAUGAAAAGUACAUGAAAAAACACAUUCCGACCCUUGCAGCGAUGGUUAGGAACGAAGCACGGGAGGCUGUUCUGAUCGUUGACAAUGCUCCCUACCACUGUCGUCCAGUGAAAAAGUAUCAAAUCGCGUACAUCAAUGGCUUCGUUCCUUUCCAAGUGAAGAAGCAACGCGUCUUUUCGAGCAUAUCCGAAAACUUGAAGAAGAGCUCAAGGAUUUUCAGCAAUACGACGCAGUUUUUGAAGACAAUCGAGCAGAUGACGAAAGCGAAGUCGUAA